GAUAACGCGUUUGCGCCCUCAGCACCGGUGACUCUUCAGUCCUUCUGAGUACAGCACUAGGAAGAGUACAGAAAAAGACGGAUGUAACACAAUGAACCGCGUCGCGAGCGACACCACGUAGAGUUGCUGUUUUUUGGUUGGAGUCGGAAACGUGCUUUCUUUUUCUUAUGCCUUUAUUGAAGGAAUAGUUCUCCUAAGGAUCGCUUCUCACGCGUAUAGGAGCGUGUGUUUCUCAGAAGGAUAUUAAAGGUUACAAAUGGGGUCUCAAGGGCCAGGACGUAAAAGAACCUCCAGCAAAAAUGGGUUGACUGCUGAGGAAGAUGCCCUCAGUGUAAUCGCACAACAGGCUGAAGCCCGUUUGGCAGCUAAGAGGGCCGCCCGCGCCGAAGCUCGUGAGAUCAGGAUGAAAGAACUGGAAAGACAACAGAAAGAGAUUUAUCAGGUGCAGAAGAAAUACUAUGGACUGGAUAACCUGGACAAAAAAUGGGGGGACAUUGAGCAGUGGAUGGAAGACAGUGAGCGAUAUACACGUGUCUCACGGAGACAUGCUUUGGGGUCAGAUGAUGAAGAACAGAUGUCAGUGGGGACCAGGAGCAACAUACAGUUGGAUUUGGAUGCGGCAGGUGCUUACAGUGGGCUUCCCCAGGCUUCAUCCAAUCAGUCACAAAAGAAGUCCAAGAAAAAGAAGAAACAUUCUUCCAAAACUAGCAAUGGCUAUGAUGAUGAUCUCAGCAUAUUGUCUAGUCGGAGCUCCAGACUCAGUGAUGAGAGCAAAAUGUCUCGCUCUUCUAGAAUUGAUCAGCAGUCGAAGGCUUGCUAUUCAUCCGAGCUGUACAGCAGCAGUAAUUAUUCCUCUAAAUGUCAAGCCCCUUCCUGCAAUGGCUACCAGGGCUCUGUAUAUGAGGACAGUCUCUACAGUGGCUCUCGACGCUCCAGUGCUCGUGCUUCCUCUGAAUAUAGUGGUUUCCUGGGCUCAAGCUCUAGGACUUCGUCCAGAGCAAAUUCUGCGUGUGGCAGCCCAGUGGAGGACUGCAGCAGCUCAGUGGCUAGCUUCAUGCGCAGCACAGCUAGUAUCAGUGGCCUCUCUAGAGACCUUGACCGUGUGCUCAUCCCUGACCUGCCAAAUGUUAAUGGGAGGCUUUCUAUGGCUGAUGACGGGUUAGACCGAGACUACUUGGAAAAGGGUUCUUCACGAGCAUCGACUAUUUCUGGAGCCACUCUUACUUCUCUGGGUGGGACAUCCUCACGGAGAGGAAGCGGAGACACAUCCGUCUCUGCUGACACUGAAGCAUCCAUAAAGGAAUUCAAGGAGAUCCAUGAGCUUAAGGAUCAGAUUCAAGAUGUGGAGGCGAAGCACAUGCAGAACCUCAAAGAGCUCAAGGAUUCCUUUUCGGAAAUGGAGGAAAAGUACCGUAAGGCCAUGGUAUCUAAUGCACAGCUGGACAACGAGAAGACCAAUAUGAUGUAUGAAGUGGACACCUUGAAAGACUCUUUAAUGGAACUGGAGGAAAUGCUCUAUGAAACACGGCGUGAGCUUGAGGAAAAGUGUAAGGACCUUGAACGAGAGAAGCAUUCUCAUAGCAUACUGCAGUUUCAGUUCAGUGAAUUGAAGGAGACGCUGAAACAGAGUGAAGAACUGCUCACUGAGAUCCGUCAAUUACGGCUCAAGCAAGAUGGCUAUGUUAGGGAGAUUUCUGACCUCAUGGAAACUAUUGAGUGGAAGAAUAAAAAAAUUGGGGCAUUAGAGAGGCAGAAGGAAUUUUCUGAUGCCAUUCGAAAUGAGCGGGAUGAGCUUAGAGAUGAGGUUGUUCAGCUCAAAGAUAUUUUGAAGAAACAUGGCAUUGUCCUUGGACCCGACUUAGCCACCAAUGGAGAAACCGGUGAAGAAGUUGGAAAGGCUGAUCAGAAUACUCAAAAAGCAUCAGCUGAAAUCCGAGAGGGGAGCAGUGUACUAGGCACUCAUCAGUUGAAGGUGUGUAAAGACAAGCAACAAAAAGAUUUGGAUGACGGGGCACCAGGGAAUCAGCAGAUUUCACAUGCCCAGUUCAGUUCUUCAAACACACCUUUAGAAGCAAGUAUGGAGAAUGGAGAACUUGGGAGCCAGGUGACACAGGGUGUAGAGCAGCUUGAAAAAAGACCUGAAGAACCGUCAAGUUCUGUUGGUGAUGAUGAACUCACUGCAACAAGACCCAAGGAGGAGAUCAAAUCUGAGGCACAUAUACCAGAAGAUUUAAGAGGUAAUACUGUGGAAUUGGGGAGCAAAGUUCAAAAGGAUGGACAUUUGGAGACAGAUCAACAAGAGAGAGAAUGUGUCAAACCUAGCGAGGUCAUCAAAGAGGAAACUCCUUCAGAGUCUGUCUCUGGUUCAGUCCAUGAUGAAAGUGAUAAACCUGGUGAGACGGCGCUUGAUCAUAAACUUAAAGAGGAGCCUGUAGAAUCAGCUCAGACAGAGAACCUUGCUAAAACCCAAGGUGCCAGUGCUUCAAAUAAAAAGAAGAAAAAGAAGAAGAAAAACAAGCAGAAGCAGAAACAGAGUGACAAGCAAGAGAGUGACACAAAGAAAGAUGACAUGAAUGAAACAGUUUGUAGUGAAGAGAUUUCAAACCAAAAAACUGAGGGUGAUCUAGAAGGAGACCAUCAGGAUCCCUUGGGGAAUGAUAACUCUGAAACAACAAUGAAUACAGACGUCCCACAUGAUGAUAAAGGAACCAGUGAAUUGGAUGGUAUGGAAACCGCAAGCACAAAUAUAAAUGCGGAUGAUGCUCAAGAUAAAAUUUUGUUAGUUACAGAUGAAGCUGAUUUAGCAAGUAUUUCUAAAACAGUCUCAAAUUUUGAUUGCCCUGAAUCUGGCAGUGAUGUGCUUUCAGGUGAUCUGGCCAACAACAUUAUCUCUAAUCCGACAAACAAAAUUGAUGAACACACCGAGGUUUCAACAAAUCCUGACUCUGAAGCUGUAAUCUUUAGCUGUGAGGUUAUAUCUUCAGAAACAAAGACUUCAUUGCCUCAGGAACCUUCUGUUCAGUCCAUGGAUGCUGUUGAAGAGUGUGUCGAGUCCACCAGCAGCUCUGAGAACCCGGAGUUGAAAUCUGAAUCGUCAGACAUCAAGGAAGUGGAGAGUCAUCUUAACUGUGAAGUAGAAGAACAGAAGGAAAAGCUUCAGAAUAUUGAUCUUGAUGGGACCACCGACCCUGAAGAUCAAGAUGACUCUGCUCAUCCCACUUCCCCUGUAAUGGAGAAGGUGGAAAAUGAAGCUGAAAGGGUAAUCCAGGAACAACCUGUUGACCAGCCAAUGGAAAGCCAACUUCAAGAGAGUAUUGAAGCAGAACUGGACAAGGAAGAGGUUGAGACACAAGAUGGACUGGAUAAAGAAAAUCUCAAAGUGCCUACUGAAAUAGAGUUUGAUGGAAGCCAUGUCGACAACACUUCUUUAAUUGAAACCCAGGUUCAGGUUGUGCAUGAGGAACACCUGUCUCCCAAUGAAGCAAUUCAGGAAUCAGUUGGAGAAUCAGAUGCUUUUGACCAAAACCCCAAGGCAGAAGAAGAUGAGAAGGAAAGCUCAAUCCAAAAUCAGGUUACACUUGAAGUGCAACUGCCUGAAGAUGAAGAAGUGGUAAAGUCAGAUGUGGCUUCUCAAGAGCUCAAGAAAGAAGAUGAGGAAGAGGAAGAUGAAGGAGAAUCAUUUGAUUUUGAUGAAAUGGAUCUUGAAGCAUCAUCGGAUGCCCCUCUAAAAAACGUUCAAGAUCAGCCAAAUGAGAAAGUUAGUCUUUUAAAUGAAAAUGUCCAAGAAGCAAGCCAGGAACACCAAAGCAAUGUCACUAAUGUGGACCAAACUCAAGAAGAUGAACAUCUAGAACUUGCAGAUCAGGAAUCAAAGCAAAAGGAGCAGAAAGAUGACGGACAAGACACAGAAAACCCACAAACAACAACAGAUGUAGAAGUAUGUUUAACAGAGGACAGCCAAAUCAACAGUGAAGUCAGAGCUAAUGAUCAGGAGCAUGAUAUUACUGGAAUUAAAGAAGACACAUUUGAGGAGCAUCGACAGGCAUCAGAAGAUGUGACACUCGAUGAAGGAGUUAAUCUGAUCUCAGAGGUGGAGACAAGAAAUGUAGGCCAAGAGGUUAAUAGUUCUAUUCACCACGAAGAAAAGGCAUCAAAUUUUUCAGAAGAUCAGGACGUUGAGAAGCAAACCGCAGAAAGCAACAGGCAAGAUGAAAGAAAAGAAUCCAAGAAAAGCGGGAAAGGGAAGGGCAAGGGGAAAGAAGAUUGUAAAAUGUCUUAAUAGAUAGGGAAAUUGCUAAGUCUCUUCUCAGCAUCUUCAAUUUAACAAGUCAUUUGCACUUACGUAGGUCCUAGUGAAAUUUUUGGGGGGUCCAUUUACUUUGGAGAACCCUAAAUAACCAAAGUGAUCUUACAGUCAAGCCCAAUUAUCAGUCACGGCAGCUGUUUCAGCAAAUAUAUUUUAUGCAUGAAUGUUUUACACCUAAUUAACAAUACUGAAUGAACACAGGAAAUUAAUUCAAAACAUGUUUAAAAUCCCAAAACCAAUCACACGUUAAAUGCUAGCAGUAUUGGGUAUAAAGUGUCAUAUUUAUUAUGAAAUUUUACAAGAGCAUGAAUAAAAUGUUUCUCAUACUAAUGUACAAAACUAAGUGUAUGAGUAAUACGUGUUUCUCUUUUGGAAAUUACCAGCUUUCUGUCUGUGCUGCAGUCAUGUUUAGCAGCUUCUUCAUUAUAAUAUUUUCAGUUACAAAGGACCCGUAAUGUAUUUGGUUUAAAUGGUUAUGUUGUUUAAAAUUGUGGUAAAAAAAAAAAACAAACAAAAAAAAACAUGUAUUUUGUGUCAACCCCUAUUAAACAUUCCUCUAAAUUUUUUGCCUGCAGCUUUGUAUUUACUUUUUGUUUUUUACAAAUAAUUCAUUGGGAGAUAUGAUUGAAAACAAAUGUAAAUAUUUUAUUCUGUUUGGUGAAGAUGCUGUUGGGACAUUGAGACCCAGUUUAUGUUAACUGAACCAUUUAUGUUAAAAUAAAACUUAAGAAAAAA